AUGGAAGUUGAUCACGCAUUGUUCACAGCUCUGGUCGAGCAUUGGCGUCUGGAGAUGCACGUGUCCCAUUUACCGCAUGGAGAGAUGGCUAUCACCUUACAAGAUAUUGAGGUGAUGCUAGGGGUUCCUGUUGAUGGGUUGCCCGUGACUAGGAGUGUCAAGCUGGAUUGGUUUGUGUUGUGUUGUGAUUUAUUGGGUCAUCAUCCUCCAGACCUGGUAUCGCAUCCCUAUGAAAACAUGUCUAUCCUUAUUGGGGCGAGGAUAAGAGUCAACUGGCUGAAGGCACAGUUCAGAGGUCCCCUAGCUGUGGAUGCUACUAACGAGGUAGUGCAGCAACAUGCACGCUAUCACAUACUUGUGUGGUUGGGGUCCAUUAUGUUUAUGGACAAGUUGGCAAAUUGGGUGUUGGUGAUGCCUCUACAGUUCCUGAAUCCAAUUAGCGAUGCAAAGAGGUACAGUUGGGGUAGUGGAGCAUUAGCUUGGCUGUAUAGGCACCUUUGCAAGGCAUCAGAGAUGAAGGUGAAGCAGUUUGGAGAAGCACUGAUCUUGGUGCAGCUGUGGGCGUAUUUGAGGUUCCCACUGAUAUGCUCUGUUACGAGGCCGCCACAACUGCCGAUGGAGACAGGUCCCCUCACUAGGAGGUAUGUUAUUUGA